UGCCAUUAAACGCCAUAGAAGAAGAAGAUCUAGUAGCCACCACCCUCUUGGGUAAUUUUGCGGCGAAGAAUGGACAAAAAAGUCGAGGUAGAUAAUCUGGAAAUGCGUCUUCAGGCGUUGGAGAGUCGUGUUUACGGAGAAAGACGAAACAGAAGUGGAAAACCGGUUAAGUGUGCAGAGUCUUUGGCCAGGAUUCAGGCUGCUUUGACAAACACAGCCAACAAAAGGGAGCGAGUCAAGAUCCUGCACAAGAAGAUUGAGGACCUGUUGAAGUACCUUGACCAUCAAUUCACCGAUCACAUCACCGUGCCUGAUGCCAUGAAGCUGGAGUUCAUUCUCGCUGAGGAAGCGUUUCUGCGCUCCCAGGCAGCUUUGCUAGAGCAAGUCAGUAACCUUCAACCCCUGCUGGACAGCAACUACAUCAGAGAUGUACCAGAACACGCCACUAAGCUCCAGCGCCUGUCACAGAUUCACAUCAAAGAGCAGGACCAAACCGAGGCUCAGUCCCAGGAGGUGAAAAAGGUUUUUGAGGAAUACAACAAAACGAUGUUGCUGCUGUCUAAGCAGUUCACGCAGUGGGACGAGACCCUGAGGAAGCUGGAGGAGUCGAAGGGUAUCCACCCUGUGGAGUAGCUACCAGCAAAAACAAAUCAAAACACUUCUGAUUAGGGUGAAGAGGACUGUGCUGCAGCAGGAGGUUGAGGCCAAACACACAUUCUAAGUGUGGUGCGCUUACUGUACAAAAAUCCUGCUUCAACCAACCAACCAACCCUGCCCAGUAAAUAAGGCAUCAUUAUGUCACUGUUGUAAAUCUGUCACCACACACACUUAAUGGGACCAGGUGAUUCAGGUCUUUGAGCAUGCACGUGUGCCACACAUCACUGCAUCCCCUACACUACAGAACCAGUUUGCAUCCUGGAAGGCAACCACCCAGGCAGAUAAACCUGGCGUUUUGUGGGAAACACCUGCAGAAAACCUCAAUCAGUUUUCUGCAGGUAUCUUGAUAUCUUAAAUUGCUUCAUUCCACAGUAUUGUUACUGCUGAAUCUUACCUGAACAUUUUGGGAGUCACAGGUCUCUCAUCUGAUGUAAUAUUGGAGUAAACUGUAUUUGUCAAUGUCACAGCUUAACAAUGUACUUUGAAUUCAAGGUGCAGAUGAAGUAUAGAAGUUUAAAAUGUGCAGGAGUUCUGUCAUGUGAUUUUUUGCAGAAGGAGUUCGCUCCCGUCAUGUCUGACUAUUUAUUUUCAGAUAGUAGACCUUUUUAUGUUUGCGUUUUUUGUUUGUUUGUUGUUUUUUUUUUUCCACAUUUGUUUCAACACCAUUGCUGCACUGCAAACCCGUCACAAGAAUAAUUAUUCUUUUGAUUUUAAGGCUUCAGUUUCAUUCACUGGGUCACCCUGACAAGGCGUGCA